AUUCCGCGCACUCUUCAAUCUGGCAGUUUCAUCGAGCAUGGUGUUCGUCAUCGACACGUCGCACACGAUGGCGGAUGAUGUACAGGCAGUUAAAAAAAAAAGACGCUUGAAAUCGUAGCAGAGACAGCGGGGACCUUAAAUCAACCUGCAAACUAUAUCAUUGUCACCUUUAAUAACCUAGGAAACAAAACCCACAUAUUUCAAUCCGCAAAUGCAACCGAAGCGCUCGAGUACCUCCAGAACAUCCACGUCUCCAGCAUAGUGGGGAACUGUCCUACGUACUCCCUCACGGCUCUCUUGGCGGCUGCCACUGUGGCCAAACCCAACUCUAAAAUCUACGUCUUCACGGAUCGUUCACCCAAAGAUGCCGACUUGAUUAAUUACGUGACAAGCAUGGUGACAGAGAAGAAAAUUUCUGUAUCAUUUAUCUUGACCGGUGACUGCAGCAGCCGGAGGAAGAGACAGGCUGCGUGGUCCCGACACCGGCGGUCCGCGGGGAUGGAUCUGUACGGGGGUCUCGCUGCCUCAACAGGGGGGUCUGUGUAUCACACGGACAAGGGAGGCGUGGCCAAAAUGGCGGACAUCAUUAAGGAGUCAGUGACGACGUCAACAGCUACGAUCCUGAAGCUCGACGUCGUUGCACCGUCAGUUAACGAGGUUUUCGACAUCCCCGUGGACGCCACCAUCAAGGAGGUCACCAUCAAGAUCAUAGCCAACACAACUACAAAACCAGGCGACAUUCUCAAAGAUCCUUCCAAUGGGACAGUUCCAAUGAUACCGGGGAAGUUUGGAGACAAUACCAUCAAAGACCUUGGAGGAGGCGUCCGCCUCAUUAAGAUAAAGACCCCGAUGCCUGGCAUGUGGCACCUGAUGAAAAUGGACAGUUACCACUGGGACCUUGAGGUGACCGCCCAGAGCACCAUCGACUUCAGCACCAAGUUUGUACAGACAAACCCCUUGAACGGAUUCCAGUAUGAGAUUACAGGAAGACCCAUUGCAGGUGAAAUGGCCACAGUUAUUAUCACCGUCCCAUCAAUAGACAAGAUAAAAGGCAUAGACCAAGUUGUUCUGACAGACAGUGCCGGGAAACCGCUAGAGUCGUCUUCCUUGACUCAAGGUCGAGGACGGGCAGCAUCCAUGUUCAAGGGUAGCUUCAUCCUUCCCAAAAAGGCGUUCCAGGUAAGCAUCACCGGCGCUGAUAUCCUGCACUUCCCCCUCCAGAGACUGGACCCCACCAGGAUAACUCCUAUUGCAAUCAAGCUGGACAUUGGGACCUUAGCAGGUUCCCUAUAUGUUGACUCCACUCUCAACAUUCCCUACACCGUGGCGAACAGAGGCGACAGCAAGACCGCCAUCAAGGUGAACAUUAAAGACGACCUUGGGUUCGCUGUCAACCCCACCGAGAAAACAUUCAACCUUGACGGCGGAGCCAAUGCCACGGGGACGUUCACCAUCCACGCAGGCCAUACAGAUGGGGUCACCACAACGGUUACGGUGUCGGCUGAACCUGAUGGCGUGUCAGGACACAGUCCACAGUAUGACACUCGCAGGAUCACAGUGGAGAAACACGUAACCAAGAAAGUGGACAACACGACCCCUGAGUGUAACGUCACCUCCAUGACCGGAAGUUGCAGUGUGGCUCAGAUGGAUCCAUGUAGUUGUCACAUGCACACGUGGUCGGGGACGGCGGUGUUCGGGGAUGUGGGUUUCGGGCUGUUCCAGAUAUCGUCCACCGUGGGGACGUCGGGCAGCUUCACGUACGACAACUUCACCGCGGGACAUACCAUUGACAAAGGGGUCAAGACGGCCAGAAUAGGGAGCGACUGCUGCCACCCGGUGUCUUACAUCAACGUGGUCGACAUGGCCAGCAACACUGUUCAGUGCACGUUUGAUUUGGCUCCUGGUCUCACCAAACCCAUGUACGACUGUACGACUAAUACUGCAACUACAACAACAACAACAACAACAACAACAACAAACAACUACAACAACAACAACAACUACAACAACACCAACACCAACUCUACCACCAAAAGUACUUCUACUGCGAUGACCUCAACAUCCCUAAAGGCCUCUACCCUGGCGUCCGUAGUCACACACACGGACCACACCCCUCCAGUGUGUAACGUCACCUCCACACACGGCCGGUGUAGUCAGUCCCAGACAUCGUCCGACGACUGUGACCAGCACGUGUGGUUUGGAACAGUUCAAUUCGGAGAUGAGGGGUCAGGUCUGUAUCUGGUCAAGUCCACUGCUGGUGAUUCCAGCGUCCUCAACUACGACAAGUUCGCCGAAGGAGACACCAUUAGUUCUGGUUUGAAGACCGCAACUAUGACGUCCACAUGCUGCACCCCCCUGACGUAUAUUGUCGUCAUUGACGUCGCUCGCAAUGAAGGACAGUGCAAGUUUGACGUUUCAGACACACAGGAAUCUGAGGCAGAGGACACGCUAUCCACAGGAGCGAUUGCUGGGAUCUCCGUCGGGGUCGUCGCGGCGGUGGUGGGGAUAGUUUUUGUGGCAGUCCUCAUCACCAAAUACGGGACGUGUUCAUCGGUCAGCCCAUCCACUAAUACUGGCAGGUUCAGAACCACAGCUUGGGACUAGAUACUUGGACAACAUGUGUGUGUUCAUAGGAGGACAUUGGGUUCCAUACCGGUGAUAUUUACAGUGUAUUCCACGGACAUGAUUAAAUGGCAGUGUUGUAUUACGUGUUAUCAACCAUUGAAUGGAUUCACGAGGAAAUACUAUACAAAAGUAAGUACACAUCUGGUGUUUUGAGACUAUUAAAAAAACGUAAAUAUUUUGCUAGCAAUGUUCCAAAUGGGUACGCUAUCUAUGGUGUUAUUGCAACACGUACACAAUGUUUGUGACUUGUGAGUCGCAAUCAAAACACUUUUCUACAUAUUACGCUGUUUUUAGGAAAACAUUUUAAAGCAUCAGGUGUGUACUUUCUUUUGUCCGUCAGUUUAUUUUCUGUUUUCCGUGUUAAAUCAUAUACAACUCUAAAGAGGAUAAAGAUCGCCCGAUUCAUUCAUAUUAGUAGUUGAUAUGUCUUUAGUAAGGUAUUUGCAGAUGGAACCGUUUCGUUUUCAUACAUACACUACUUAAAAGAGGAAUAGGACCAUCCAUUUCUUUCACAUUACAAUAGUUUCUUUAUCACCCAGAGUGUGAUUUUAGGUGCAGUCUUAACGUUUUCAAGAGAUAAAAUCGUAAUAAUGAUAUGUUAAAUCACUAGCAGUUUACGGUUAGAAAUUACUCAUAACAUGAAUAUUGCAGAGUUGUUUCAACGAGUUUGGAUAUUCCUAAAGCUACAACGUGGUCGACAAAGAAUAAUAAUAUUCAGAUAUUGAAUCGUGAAAUAUCAGGCAAAUACUUUUAAGACGUCGAUAGAUAAAAGUACAUGUGAAUGAAACAACCUGUAAUUAGGUGACUUUAGAAGUAUUCACACAUAUGUGAUAUAUAUGAAAUCUGUUAUAAGUUUGCUGCACCGAUUACUCAAUAUAUUCAUUAUUACUUCUUUGAGUGUCAUUUUAGAAGUUGGAAGUCAGAUAGAACAAGUAUAUAUGAUGACAACUUCCUUAAUUCUAGAGCACGAUGUUUAGUGAAACGUUGUGCUCUAGAAUUAAAGAAGUUCUCAUCCAUAUAUACUUGAUCUAUCUUCAUUAUUAUUGAAACCAAUCAUUAGGCCAAAGAUUACUUCAUCUUCCUAAUUAUGACGUGCUUACUACAACUGUCCUGAAUUGUUGUCCAGCACGGAAUAUAUCUACAGCCAAUGUACAUAAGUGGAUGUAUAUUUAUUGAGUCUACUGUGAUAACUGCAACUUCGGUUGUUUGAUCUGCUCAACUACCUUUGUGAU